AGUACCAGUAAUGACAUGCCUGUAGCGAGCGAGCUGCAAAUAGUGCAUUUCGAUCAUUCCCCUGAUCGACCGUGAACAGUUUAGUGUCAUCGAUUUACUGUCGUACUGUGGAAGCCUGAAGGAUACGAAUUCCUGAUUCGUUGGAAAACCUACUGCAAAUCUUACCAUGGGAGGACACGCUGAGCCUAAAGUUCACAUCUCGAACAAUCUGCCCGAAUCGCUGGUCAAAAAAAUGAAAACUUUCCAGGCUCACAACGAUAUUCCCGUAUUUUUGAAGGGCGGACCAGCCGAUAAAGUGCUCUUUAUGACCACGGCAGCCCUGUGCGGUGUCGGUAUCAUCGGCAUCCUGCGGUUUAUCUACUCGGCUGGAUUUGCCACCAAAAAGCCAGAAUAAUGGGUGGCAAAUUUUCGAAGAGGUCAAUGAGUACUGAUUACUAUGUAAAAGAUAAAUAAAAUUUUAUUUUUCAAAA